AUGCAGCCGCAGCACGCCGCCGUGGCACUGCCGGGCUCCUCGCGGCGAGGGCCCGGGCGCUACGCGAGCGUUUGUGGCGAGGACGCCGGCGCGGAGGCGCCGCCGGCGGCCACCGGGCGGCGGAAGGCCUGGACGGUGGCGGCGCUGGUCGCGGGCACCGCCGCAGUGGCCGGCACCGCCACCUGGCUCCGAGCAGGUCGGGACAGCCAUCGGCUCCGAGUCGGCCUUCAGGCGGGCCCGCUCGUGCUGCAGGAGACGGGGGCCCCCGGCGGCACGCUCGUGCAGAACGUCGAGUACAACCUCGAUGGCGGCUGGUUCCAGUCCAUGGACCACAUCCCGACGGCUGUACUGUGCCAGACGCUGUGCCAGGGCGAGCCGAAAUGCAAUUACUUCACCUGGGUCAAGAAUGCCGGCCUGGACGGGUGCCCGAGCCAGUGCUGGCUGAAGGGCGGGGAACUCAAAUACCAAACCCCCAAGGAGGGGCGUGACCUCCGGUACGCCCGCGCCGCGCCGCACGCUCCCGGCCAUCGACCCGCCCGCUGGAGGCGCCACCCUGUACUGCUGGGUCCUGUCCGCCGCGCAGGGCAAUGA